CAGUUUAAUGAGCCAAAAGCUACAGCUAAACUACUAGUCUAGCGUUAGGUGUUCGGGCGUCUGACUGAUUUGUGUGAGACAACACAGUGAGUUGCUAUCGACUUAAAUGAUCUUUCUCAAACUAUGACCCAGAGUCGCAAACAACGUGACAGUUUGCCACUGGAUUUUGAUGAGGAUUUUGGUCUUCCACCACCAAAAGGCGUUCUUCUGCAGAGGCGCCGCUUCUAUCAUGCUCUUGGAGGAGGCAGCCCUGAAGAGACCCGACAUCCUUUGUCACAUCCAGAGAUCAUUGAAAUUGAUAAAGAUGGGCCAGUUGUUAACUGUGGGACAGUCAAUUCUAAAGAUCGGAUGUACAGCACUGAUACACAGCCUGUGAACAAACUCUCUCGGAAGAGUCGCAUGAGGGAUCAGUUUGGAGAAAUUGUCCCAAUCAAAUGCAAGACAAAGUCAAAACCCUCCAUCACAAAGUUUCCUUCUUUGACGUGGGAUGACCUAGAAGAAUUUAACCGUGUUACCCUCAACAUCAGAAGUCUGAGACUUGGGACACUGAACAUGAACUUCAGGGGAACAGUCACUUUUUCAGUAGAUUCUAUUGAAAUUCCAAACAAAGCUCAAAUUGUGGCAUCAGGAUUGAUCAGUUGUGAAUGGUGUACAGAGCAUAAACUGCCAGCUCUGUUUUUACAAACAACUGCUGCUGAAUGGCUUCGUCUAGGAGAUCUUACCAUUGGUCAAAAUGAAAAAUACAUUGUCCUCAUCUUUGAGAGUGAACCAACAUUGCUGGAAAAGGCCCUUCUUGAACAGAUUUUUGCAGAGAUUGGCAGGCGUAAUAACAUAAGCAACAUUUCAGCCUGUCUUGCAUUCGAUGAAGCUAAUGACAGAUUGAUGGCAAACAGGCAGCCUCAGAAAGAGAAGGAUUAUCUGCUAUUAGAUGAGGUGGACAAGGUUCCUUUGACGCUAUUUUCUUCAGAAGUUACCACCUCAAAUAGAAACCAAGAGAAAGGAGAGAUCAGCAGAUAUUUCUCCACCAGUACACAGAGCGAGAUAACAACGUUUGAUCUUUCAGACAGUGAGGACCAUAAUGAAGACAAUAAUAAUGAUGACUUGAUGGUGUACCCUUCUUCAAAAACGGCAAGACUGAUUGUGUAUCCGCCUCCUCCAGCCAAAGGGGGAUUUUCCAUUACUGAGGAAGACCUAAGAUGCCUUGAUGAAGGAGAAUUCUUGAAUGAUGUGAUAGUGGACUUUUACUUGAAUAUGUUUUUAUUUCAGAUAUUUGGUCUGUGAGAAGUUGGAGACGAAGGACACCAGUAGGUGUCAUGUUGUCAGUUCCUUCUUUUAUAAGAGUCUCACACAGGAAGGUCAUCAGGACACCCCAGGUUUAUCAGUUCAGGAGAAGAGGCAUAACAGAGUAAAAACAUGGACCCGGCAUUUGGAUCUUUUUGAGAAGGACUUCAUUUUUGUCCCAAUUAACCA